UAUUAUUUAUAAGACUGACUCUUUAUUUUAGUCAGAAUUCAUUCAUUGAGACAAUCUUAAUCUCGCCUGAAUCUGUUAUUUUCUAGUCCUUUAAGAAUCAGCGGUGUUUGAAGGGUGAAACUGUCAUGUCUACCAGAUCAGGAAAUAUCACAGCAGCAGUGAUCCUCAUAUUACUGACAGGAGUUCAGGCUCAGCACAGUGUAACUCUCUCCUCUCAGAGUCUCUGUGCUGUUACUGGAUCUGCAGUAAAAAUCUCCUGUAAAUAUACAACAGCUAAUUCCUCCAGAGUCAGAGAGAGAGAGUGGUAUCAGCUCCAGAGCUCUGAUGGAGAAGAACGAGUCCUGAGUAAAGAUCCUCAAUACUCAGCACGAGUUUCUGUAAGAACAGAGCAGAAUGACUGUGAUCUGACAGUGUGGGAUGUGAGACUGAGAGACUCUGGAGUUUAUAACUUCAGAUUCAGAACAUCAAGCAGUGACUGGAUAUCAGCUUCAUCUGGAGUUAAUCUGACUGUUACAGAGUUGCAGGUGGAUGUGGAUCGUGAAACUGCAGGACAGAGAAAGGUGAAACUGACCUGUAGUUCCACCUGCAGCUUCGGCAACAAUCUGUUCUACUACUGGUUCAGAAAUGGACAAUACACAGCAUCACAUGAAGCCUCUGUUGUGCUAGACUCCACUCAUUCAUCUGAUGAGGGCAGCUACUCCUGUAGGGUGUCUGACAGCUGGCACCGCUCUCCUGCAGUGUGUAUUUCUGCUAAUUCAAAUCAGAAGAGCUGCUGGAGUGUGACUUACUCCCCUAAAGCUAUCUGUGCUCUGAUUGGCUCAUCAGUGGACAUCCGCAGUUACUACACCUUCCCUGAUAAUCAGGUCACUAAAUCAGUGUGGUUCAUUAAAGAGCAGGCUGGUGCUGAGCCUGUGGAUGUGAGAGAGGAUGAGGAGUAUCAGGGACGAGUGCAGUACGGACAGAGCUUCCAGAAUGACUGUAGCAUGAGAAUCACUCACCUGAGAGAGAGAGACGCUCAAACAUACAGAUUCAGAUUCUACACUGAUGGAGGUGAAUACACUGGAGAACCUGGAGUCACUCUGUCUGUCACAGAUCUGAAGGUUACAGUGUCAGACACAGACAGUGGAGGAAAGAAACUGAGCUGUAACAGCACCUGCACUCUGCCUAACUACCACACUUACAUCUGGUACAAGAAUGGGCAGCCUGUGUCUGACCAGUCCCUAAACAGUACAGGACUGUAUCUGUAUGUCAGUGCUGUGGGUGCAGACCGCUACUCCUGUGCUGUAGCAUAUGAGAAGCUCCGCUCUCCUGCUGUCUACUCUCCUAGAAACACUAGUGUGGUGAUCAUUCCCUCUGGAGAGAAAGUGGAGGGAGAUUCAGUGACUCUGAGCUGCAUCAGUGAUGCAAACCCUCCUGUUCUCAUCUACUCCUGGUUUAAUCAGAGAGCAGCUGCAGACGCACCACUGACAACAGGCCAGAAUUACACCAUCACCAACAUCAGCUCCCAGCACAGUGGACUCUACUACUGCACCGCUCACAACCAGCUAGGACAGCAGAGCUCAACACCCACCCGUCUGAAUGUGUUACUUGCAGAUUACACAGCCGUGAAAUAUGCAGCUUUUGGGGUCACUGUGGUUCUGCUUCUGAUAUUCAUCACUAUCUGUCUGUGCAUGAGGAGACGAGCAGCAGCUUCCAGCAGCAGGAGUGAAGAGGACAGCAGAAAUGUGACUUUUACUGAGUAUGCCUCUGUUCCUGUGUAUGAUCAAGUCUCAGACCUGGCCAUGACCUCUGACCCCACAAAGACAGCAGCCUCAGAUGAUCGGGAUGAAGUUCAGUACUCCAGCAUUCAGUUCACACGCUCUCACGCACAGGAAGUGCCUCUCUACUCUACUGUCCAUCGGUCAGGCGCUCUUAAACAAGAAGAGGAAGUAGAGUACAGCACAGUGAAACUCUCCAAACCAAGAGCUGUUCAGUAG